CGCAGCUCAAGAAUUGACGACCAUGGGCACGCGCAAAGCCCCUUUCCCCCUUUCCCGUCACAUGUCUCCAACCUUGUGCACGCUUCCCCGCCAAUGCACUCCAAUUCUCCGUGCCUGGAAAGCAUGGGCGCGAUGGCUGCUGGGAGCCUUUUUGAUGGGUGGAUAAAUUGUGGGCUAGAUCCCCAAUAUGCUUGAGCCUUUCUUCACCAGGCCUCUGUUCCACUGUGUAUUUAGAGCACACUUCGUCUCUCUGUUGCAACAGAUCUUUCUGUGCUGCCUUUGCAUCCAUCUCUGGUGUUCAUAGAUACCCCUCCUCCUCGUCCCUUCUGUCUUCUUGCAGCAGCGUCUUCGUAUACACAUCGUCGCUCCUAAGCCUAAGACCCAAGCCCAUCAUGUCUGGCGUGGAAACUGAGCCGAGCAACAAGCAGAUCCUUGACCUCCUUGUGUCGAUACAGCAGAACCAGCAGAAGCUGGAACAGCGUCUCAAUGAGCUCGAGAAGCGCGGCCCCCCCAGCACGGGAGGCUUCGAGGUCCUUUCAAACGGAGACUGGCACUCGACCGAAGUGCCAGACACCACCGCCGACUUCAUUGGUGCCAUCGACCAGGGCACCACCAGCUCGCGCUUUCUGAUCUUCAGCAAGGAGGGCGAGCCCGUGGCCAUGCACCAGAUGGAGUUCAAGCAGAUCUAUCCGAACUCAGGAUGGCACGAGCACGAUCCAUUGGAGCUGGUGUCCUCUGUCAACGCCUGCAUCGACCGGGCCGUCGAGAACUUCGAGGCAAAGGGCUACUUGCGCAAGCAGAUCAAGGCCGUGGGCAUCACGAAUCAGCGUGAGACUACCGUGGUUUGGGACAAGCUCACGGGAGAGCCACUGUACAAUGCCAUCGUCUGGACUGAUACCCGCUCCGCGAGCCUCGUUCGCGAGCUCAAGGCUCGCACCGGUGCAGACAAGCUCCAGGCGCUGUGUGGCAUCCCGCUUUCGACCUAUCCCAGCUGCUCGAAGCUGCUGUGGAUGCUUGAACACGUGCCCAAGGUUCGUGCUGCCUAUCAGAACGGCACGCUGGCCUUUGGCACGGUCGAUUCCUGGCUUGCAUACAGGCUGAACGGUGGCCCGGCCAAGAACGUGCACGUAUCAGACCCGACCAACGCCUCGCGGACCAUGUUCAUGAACCUCGAGACGCUGGACUACGACGACAGUCUCAUCGACUUCUUCCAGAUCGACCGCAGCAAGAUCGCUUUGCCCAAGAUCGUCCAGUCUUCAGACGAGACGGCUUACGGAGAGCUGGCGAGCGGCGCUCUCGCCGGCGUCAAGAUCACCGGAUGUCUCGGUGACCAAUCCGCCGCUUUGGUCGGUCAGAAGGGCUUUGAGCCCGGUGCGGCCAAGAACACGUACGGAACGGGCUGCUUCCUGCUUUACAACGUCGGCGACAAGCCGGUCAUCUCAACGCACGGCCUGCUCGCCACCGUGGCUUACUACUUCAAGGGGAAGCCGGUCUACGCUCUGGAGGGCUCGAUCGCCGUCGCCGGCUCUGCCAUCAAGUUCUUGGUCAACAACUUCAACUUUGUUGACUCUUCGGAGAAGAUCAACGACCUUGCCAUGACGGUUGAGAACAACGGCGGCUUGGUCUUCGUCACGGCGUUCAGCGGUUUGUUUGCGCCCUACUGGAUCGACGACAUCCGCGGCACCAUUCUGGGCAUCACGCAGUACACUCAAAAGGGUCAUCUGGCUCGUGCCGCUCUCGAGGCUACGUGCUACCAGACCAAGGCCAUUCUCGACGCGAUGGAGAAAGACUCCGGGAAGGCGCUGUCAAGACUGGCCGUCGACGGAGGCAUGUCAAACAGCGAGCUUUGCAUGCAGACCCAGUGCGACCUCAUCUCGAUCCCCGUCGACAGGCCGAAGAUGCGCGAGACCACAGCUUUGGGCGCCGCCUUCGCGGCGGGUCUUGCCGUUGGCACUUGGAAUGACUUUGAGGAGCUCAAGCAGAUCAACACGAAAGGCGGCACCGUCUUCGAGCCAAAGAUGCCAAAGGAAGAGAGCAAGCGCUUGUAUGAGCGAUGGGAGAAGGCAGUCUACAAUUGCUCCGGAUUUGUAUAGAUUAAGCUUGAGCUCUUAGCAAAACAAAAGGGGCGGGAGGGACAACCUCCCGUUGCCGCUAAGAGGGAGUACUCAUGAAAUGCAUGAAAUGCAUCAUGAUUGAUGAAUACUGCCGACAUCCUGGGAUUGCGACGGCGUCUGAAUGCUUCACCUUUUGUACAUAGUAGUAUACGCCAUCAAUUAAACGAACGAGGUCUACAGGUAUCACGACAAG